AUGGAGAUGCUGAUUUUACAGAACUUCUUCAUAACUAAUGGAUUUGUUCCGGCGCUCAUUUGUGUGAUUGGAUGUUACCUCUAUAUAAUUGGAACUGUUCCCAAGUUUGCUGUGGAACCGUCUCUUACACAGUACAGCUCCUCAAGCAGCUCUAAAGAAUAUUUGAUCUCAUGGAAUUUGAUUGAGUCGAGCAAGGUGUACUAUGAACACCCUUGUAGACCGGAUUUGGAGACCUCACUUUAUACGAAUUUCAGUGAGGAACCAGAGCUACGUUGCGUUGCUGUGAGUUCUAGUACGAAGGGAACGGAACGGCGAAGAAUCUUGCUGAUUGGCAACUCCAUCGCAUACAGGGCGUAUCCAUUGAUUCACGACAUCUUGGCCGGUCGUUACCGUACAUUCCGUCUCUACUCUAAAAGCUGUGGGUUCUCACUGAUAUCAGCACUUUUAUCUACACUUGGUCCAAAACGAGUUAAACGAGUUCCAGCCUGUCCUCCACUUUCCGACUGGUGCCCGGAAUUCUCAAAGGCGACAAGACAUGAACCAAUCGUGGCCCCUGUGAAAGACCUCAAAACUGAUCCUAUCUACAACCAAUUUCAGUCCAAUGUGGAUUUCUUCAGCAACUACUCUAAACACAUUGUCAUUGACAUGCCAUACUAUAAGUAUCCAGACACGAUCACCGCAGCAGUGUUGGCUAAACGAAUUCAGCAAGGUCUUCCUCCAGGUGAUGAUCUCGCCGUCACGUGGGAG